GCGAGCCAGAAGCUUACUAAACUGUCCUCAGCUUUUCUAGCGGAGAGGAACUUCGGGUGUGGCGUGGCAGCCCCGAAAAUACAGAAAUAAAUUACAACGAGUUGAAAUAAAAUAGCUACCUAACGGCGUAAGCUGAAGCGGUUGAAAACGGGGGACUGAACGGUAUACCAAGCCCCCGGUAAUUCAUCCACAGGGUCGUGGAGAGAUUUUUCUUGCGGUUUGACAUCUGAUUUCAACCAGUCGAGUCCUCCACACUGAACUUCGGUAGCCCAUUUUGUUGCUGUACCUGCUGCACGCAAGAGGUUGGUCUUGGAUAUUUGGGGAACUUUUUUGGAUUUGUUGAUGUGUUUUUAGAAGUAUUUUCAGAAGUGUUUUCUUCCCGUGAUGACAAACCCAGCAGCUGGCGCCCUGAAGCGUGCACUCGGAACCAUGGGCUGUACUGUCAGUCAGGAGGACAAGGCAGCCGCCGAAAGAUCCAAAACCAUUGACAAAAGUCUUCGAGAGGAUGGGGAGAAGGCAGCGAAGGAAGUGAAACUGCUGCUCUUGGGUGCUGGAGAGUCGGGGAAGAGCACCAUCGUCAAGCAGAUGAAGAUCAUCCACGAGGACGGCUACUCAGAGGAGGAGUGCAAGCAGUACAGAGCUGUGGUCUACAGCAACACCAUCCAGUCCAUCAUGGCCAUCAUCAAGGCCAUGGGCAACCUUAAGAUUGACUAUGAGGACACUUCCAGGACCGAUGACGCACGCCAGCUCUUCGCCCUGUCUGCGGCCGCUGAGGAGCAGGGCCUGCUGCCAGACGACCUGUCCAACGUCAUCCAGCGCCUCUGGGCCGACAGCGGCGUGCAGGGCUGCUUCACCCGCGCCCGAGAGUACCAGCUCAACGACUCCGCCGCCUAUUACCUGAACGACAUUGAGAGGAUAGCCAAGUCAGACUACAUUCCUACACAGCAGGACGUCCUGCGCACCAGGGUGAAGACCACCGGCAUAGUGGAGACCCACUUCACCUUCAAGGACCUGCACUUCAAGAUGUUUGAUGUGGGUGGCCAGAGGUCGGAGAGAAAGAAGUGGAUCCACUGCUUCGAGGGCGUGACCGCCAUCAUCUUCUGCGUGGCCAUGAGCGCCUACGACCUGGUGCUGGCCGAGGAUGAGGAGAUGAACCGCAUGCACGAGAGCAUGAAGCUCUUCGACAGCAUCUGCAACAACAAGUGGUUCACCGAGACCUCCAUUAUCCUCUUCCUCAACAAGAAGGACCUGUUUGAAAACAAGAUCGAGAAGAGCCCUCUCAACCUCUGCUUCCCCGAGUACAACGGGCCCGACAAAUAUGACGACGCGUCAGAAUAUAUCCGGACAAAGUUCGAGGACCUCAACAAGAAGAAGGAUACUAAAGAGAUUUACUCCCACUUCACCUGCGCCACAGACACCAAGAACGUGCAGUUCGUCUUCGAUGCAGUCACUGACGUCAUCAUCAAGAACAACCUGAAGGACUGCGGUCUCUUCUAAAGCAAGCCUGCUGGGGGAGGAGCCAAGAUUACUUGAACAGCUCUGAUGACCAGGGUGGUGAGGAGGGAGGGGGGGGAACUCGUCUUGACCAAGUGCACUGGCCAACCCCGAUUCCUGCUUCAGUUCUGCUUUUUGUAAAGACAACAUGAGACUGCGCCCCAGUGGGGGCCGGCCAGGCGGCAUCCUCGGGCUGCCCCGUCCUCUCCUUUUCCCGCUCCAAACCUGCCCCAGCUCACCUUGAUAUUUAAGUUUCAAAACUGAGUUGGUUCCAUAUUUCUCCUAUUAACUCCUUGGGCUUUGACCACAAAUCAACAAUUGUGUUUUUUGUUUGUUUGUUUGUUUGUUUUUUUGUUUUGUUUUGUUUUCUGGGUUUUGUUGUUGUCGGUUAUUAGAGAGGCAGCAUAAAGCUUUUUUUUAUAUAUAUAUACAUAUAUAUAAAUACAUUCAUUUUACUUAUUUUAAAUCUGAUGUGCAAAUUUUAUUAAACUUUUAAUUGCGUAAAAGCUUAUUUUUAAAAAAAUGACCGCCAGCAUGGAUAGGGAGAAUGAUCGAAAAAGGAAAAUGCUUUUUUAUAAUGUUUACAUGAAGUCCGCAUUCGUAGUCAAGCUGCAUAUUGUCCUGCAUGACUGAUAGCCAAUGUAUUAGCUGAAUAAUCUGCACAAAAUAGCAUAACAUUCCUUUGACAAAAAAAAUUAAAAAGAGGAAAAAAUGCACACAAAAAAAUGC